CCAAAAAGAUUUUCCUAGAACAAAAACAAAAACUAAACUUGAAGUCAUUCAAAUUCCUAUUCACCGACGGCUCAAAAACGAAUCUUUCAACAUCUUUCGCUGUCAUAUCCGAAGACCUGUUAGUUUUGAAAAAAGGACUGAUGUUCAACUACUGCUCAACAUUUACCAGUGAAAUUUUUGCUAUAUACCAAGCGACUCUAAUAGCUGCAAAGAGCAUAGGCAAAUUCUGUAUUUGCUCAGAUAGCCAGUCUUCCAUCGAAGCAAUACAAAACUUUACGAACAAAAGUAUUUUGGUAAUCAGCAUUCGAGAUCUACUUAUAAAACACAGCAACAAAAUUAAAUUGAUGUGGGUACCUGGGCACUGUGGAAUCCAAGGCAAUGAAUUUGCUGACUCUGUUGCAAAAAGCCUUCAUAACGAACCAGUCCUAUUCUAUAACGCACUUGAAAGUAGUGACCUGAUACGUCUUAUAAAGCAAUAUGUUCAUAAUAAAACCUUACUCAAAUGGAAUGGGUACUCUCAUCACUACGCUUCAAUCAACCCCAAUAGAAGAAAACCCGUUUAUUCAACGGAAACUAAACACAAGGACAUCAUAAUGUUUACACGGCUCAGACUAGGUCACACGAAAAUCACACAUGGCCACCUAUUAAACUCCGGAGGCGCAUCUUGCUCAUUUUGUAAUUCGUCAAGAACAUCUGUAAAACAUAUUUUAGAUGAGUGUCCCCAUUUCAACACGAUAAGACAAAGAAUCUUUGGCACAGCUCUCCCAUCUGAACUAUUACCAAAUACAAAUUUGUCGAACAUAAACACUAUAUCUAAAUUUCUUCUACUGUGUAACGUAGCGCAUUUAAUAUAAUUCUAAUUUAAUAUAAUUGAUUAUAUUAAUAAAUAUGUAAACAUAAUUAAGUAUGUUACAAUUAAGCUGAAACUGUAGAUAAUAACAAUUAAUUAUAAA